GGCCGGGCUGGGCCGGGCUGGGCUGGGCACGGCUCGGUGCGGUACGACCGGAGCGCCAUGAACCGCUUCAAGGCGUCCAAGUUCCGGCACACCGAGGCCCGGCUGCCCCGCAGGGAGGCCUGGAUCAGUGGUAUCCGAGCAGGCUCCGUCACAUCAUGUGGGAACCACGUGAAGGCCAGCUGCCGCUGGAUCGCCUUCAACGCCGAGGCGGCCGGUGUGCUGGGCAUUGUGCCUCUGGAGUGCGAGGAUGGGGGCAAGAGGACCAUAUCUCAGCUCUGCUGCCACUCAGAUGUGGUCACAGACUUUGACUUCUCGCCCUUCGAUCAGCUCCUGCUGGCCACGGGCUCUGCUGAUGAGAUGGUGAAGGUGUGGCGCCUGCCCGAGAGCGGCCAGGACAUUCCCGGCGGCGCGGGGCUGACCCUGGGGCCCGGGGGAGCCCCGGUGGACGCGCUGCAGUUCCACCCCCACGGCGGAUGCUGUCCUGGCCAGCGGUGCGGGGAAGAGAGUCACUGUGUGGGACCUGGGGCAGCAGCAGCCCUGACAGGGCAUGGGCAGAUGUGGCUGGUUGCUGACCAGCCUUGCCCAGACCUCAGCCACCCUGGAGGGGAGAACAGAUGGGUGGCAGCAUAG